AUGUUGACAAAAGUGUGUGUGUGUGUCAUCAGUGUGUUGAUGAGCUAUGAGAACGUGGAGCUGGUAUUCUGUGAAGCAGAGUGCCUGCCUGAUGCCUUCAGGAAGAGUAAGAAGGGGAGCAUCUUCCUGACUCCCUACAGGGUAAGAGGAGACACGUCUUUACCAUACAAACAUUUUUAUACACCCAAUCCCAACCCAGUCCCUAACCCUGUAGGCACCUGUCUAGAUAUGAAAGAAAAGGAUGAGUGUAAUCCAGGUUGUCUGUCCCCAGGUGAUCUUUGUGGCGAAGGGGGGUCAUGAUGCUCUGCAAUCCUUCAUGAUGCCUUUCUACCUGAUGAAGGGCUGUGAGGUCAAACAGCCUGUCCUGGGGGCCAACUACAUCAAAGGCACAGUCAGCGCAGAGCCCGGAGGUGUGUGUUUGUGUGUGAGAGAGUGAGUCUAUGACUGUAUCUCCCACCAGACUUCCCACUGUCAGUAGCAGAGAAACAUACAUCAAAUCAAAUCACAUUUUAUUUGUCACAUGCGCUGAAUACAACAGGUGUAGACCUUACCAUGAAAUGCUUACUUACAAGCCCUUAACCAACAAUGCAGUUUUAAGAAAAUAGAGUUAAGAAAAUAUUUACUAAAUAAACGGGAAAAAAAAGUUACACAAUAAAAUAACAAUAAUGAAGCUAUAUACAGGGGUUACCGGUACCGAGUCAAUGUGCGGGAGGUACAGGUUAGUCGAGGUAAUUUGUACAUGUAGGUAGGGGUAAAGUGACUAUGCAUAAUAAGUACAUUUAUGAGACAUACCUAGUCAAGGACCAUUGCUGUGCUUAAAAUGGACAUAAAAGGAAAGUCUUCUUGAUCUCUCUGCCAAACCUUGGAGGAACAGGCUCACUUUAGAUUAAAAUCUGGAAUAUGUUUUAUCAUCUUUAAUUUUUUGAAAGAGUUAACUGUACUUCUAUCACUAUCUCAGGAGGCUGGGAGGGCUGUGCCACCUUUAAGCUGGUGUUUGCGGCUGGAGGAGCCAUAGAGUUUGGACAGUACAUGUUACAGGUCGCUGCACAAGGUAAAGGACUUUUGGAGCUUAUUCUUUUACCAUUUUACCCAGUGACUAGCGCCUUUGAAAUAGUUAGUUUAAAUGGAUGUGUUUCCCCCUCUCUUCUUCCCCUGUGCAGCGUCCAGAGGGCAGCCUGUGAGUGUUGGCUUUGGGGGCUGUCCCUACAUGGCCAACGGGGCAUAUGCCUACCCUCCUCCCCCAGCCAAUGGGUACCCGGCGGGACCCCCACCUGGGUACUCCUACCCCAACCCCCCUCCACCAGGUACUGACCAGACAUGAAGACUACAGUUGUCUUCCUUUUAAUGUUUUGUACUUGUCUAAUUGAACAUUGAAAAAUAUUUUUAUCACACAAAACAGUCCAUGUAUUAUUGCAUCUCAUAUCUAACCACUGUCUGUUGUUUCUUUCCAGAUGCAUUCUACCCCAACCCUGCAGUGUUUGAUGGCCCUGCGGCCUACAUGCCCCCUCCUCCCUACUCCGCCCCCCUGGGACAGCAGCCCCCCCACGACCCCGACCUGCCCUCCACACCUGCAGGUCAGAAGUCAUUUUGGUUCUCGCUUUCUCUCUCGCUCUCUCUAUCCUUCCCCUCGCUCACCCUCUCUCCCUCUCUUUCUAACUCACUCUUGCAAAGUUCCUUCAUUAGUGAUAGUUUUAAUUAGCAAGAUGUGAGUGAUCCCAUGCUGCCAAAGCAUUAAAUAAUAGGACAAUGAAUUAACUUGCGCUUCUCUCUCCUCCCCCAGCCGAGGCAAAGGCAGCAGAGGCAGCAGCCAGUGCCAGCUGUGCCACACUCCCUCCCACCUACCUACCACAGGUACGCCUGUUUACCACCAUUUUACAAUUUUACCACUCUAAAUCUGACUUUAAACAUUAAGUGUAGGAAGGAAUAUUGAUCAAAUACACAUGGAUAACAUUUCACUGUAGUAGGGUAUGGAUUCUCCCCAUUAUAUUUAAAUUGUUGGCCCAGUAGCAGGUAGUAGGCAGGGUCAUCAGGGCAAGUCAAUGCAGACAGCUGCCUGACCAAUAAACAAAGAGCAGCUCAGAGUACAGCCAAUGAAUGCCAUGCAGGAAGCAGCACAGGACCAAUGAGAGAGGAACAAUCCAGUGGUACAGAGACCUGUGAAUGACAUCCCCCUUACAGUGCAACCAGAGUAAAGGUGCUCACUUCCUCUCAGGUGGAGAAUAGUCAGACUAGGGCUGUUGUGGUGACAGUAUUACCGCUACACCGGCAGUCAUGAACGCAGUAAAAUUCCACGUGACCUUUUGAGUCACCUAAUCUCCUUUGAUGCAGUCUGGACAUGAGUUGGUAGUACCCAAUUUGCUAACGACUAUCAGGUCGCUAAUGGCCUGGUACUCAGGGCUGUAUUGUCCCUCUAACCACUCUGAAAUCAAUGCAAAUGCCAUCGAAAAUCACAUCAAACACUUAUCAUCAAAACAGUAUCGUGCUUUUAAAACUCACCUCACUGUGAUUGAUCAAUUUGAAGAAAGAAGUUCAACAACAUGUUGAAACGGAGUGGAAAAUAUGUUGGUUGUGGAUGUUGUUUCAAAGCCUAGCACAACGAAAUGGACAGCGUUUUCUAAGGUGAUGAUUGAUUCAAAACACCCAUAAGUAUAUUAGAGCAUAUGCAUAGGCCUAUAUUUGAGCCUAAGCCCAAGCCCCCCAAAGAUGUCUUUGGUACAUAAUUGGUUGAGCAUAUACUCCAAAAUUGAACAAAUUCUAGUAAUCGCCUGUAUUAUUAUGCAUACUGGAUGGACUGGUUAUCUUAUGCUACGCUCCAAACCUUCUAUGAUUCUGGGAGAGAACGUAUAGGCCUAGGCAGGCUUACAGAGUUAGCUUACAAUUAUAGUUAAUUUGAUUUUGAAUACCCUAGUAAUAGUGCAUUUUUUUAUAUUUUCAUAAUGAAUAGGCUGAUGCAUUACCUUUUAGCUACAGACUGUGCAUUUCCAUCUCCUCUCUCUCCUACAUUCCUUUCUCGAGCAAGCAGAGAGGGGCUGUCAAUAGUUUAAUGAAAUGUUUCCUUAGAAAACAUAUUACUAUCAAUGUUCCCGAACGUAUUUCACUUAGUUUCCCAAAUUAAGCACUGGGUAGCUGCAGGAACAGGGUUGGAGAGCCCAUGGCAUACAGAGUUUGGCAGAAUAUCACCUGUUGCGCAGCGAGAGGCUGCAUGCUCCUCAAACAGUGGUUGAUGCAUGGAGUGAAAUAACCAGAGUAGCCUACUCAGCAUGAUUGAAAAAACGAACCGCGGGAAAGUGACCUCCAUUCGCUUUUCGAAUGCAUACAGAUGUCUUUUUUUAUUUUAUUUUUGCUGCUGUUCCGGCCCAUUUGACAAUGGGCCAUUCUAAAUCAAAACACAUUUUUACAUAUUAGUUAAGAUUAAAUUGAGAAUAGUCUGUUAGGUGAAAAUAUGAUCACUUCAUGAGAGAACAGCGUGUGCAGCCUGAGGCAAGGAACAGAGUUGAACCUUUUUUUUUUUGCGACUUUCUCAAAUCAUCAAUAGCCUAUGGUCAUGCAGCCCAUAUCUUUUGAUUUCUAAGACCUUCUAAGGUUUGUAUCAUUCACAACUAAAGUUGCCAAAUAACUCUAAAUCUAGCGUAUAGGACCUGUUUAAAAUGAUCACUUAUGCUCAACAGCCACUUCAUACAGUGAGGGGAAAAAAGUAUUUGAUCCCCUGCUGAUUUUGUACGUUUGCCCACUGACAAAGAAAUGAUCAGUCUAUAAUUUUAAUGGUAGGUUUAUUUGAACAGUGAGAGACAAAAAUGUUAUAAAUUGAUUUGCAUUUUAAUGAGGGAAAUAAGUAUAAUCCCAUAGCAAAUCUGUGGAGGGAGCUGAAGGUUCGAGUUGCCAAACGUCAGCCUCGAAACCUUAAUGACUUGGAGAAGAUCUGCAAAGAGGAGUGGGACAAAAUCCCUCCUGAGAUGUGUGCAAACCUGGUGGCCAACUACAAGAAAUGUCUGACCUCUGUGAUUGCCAACAAGGGUUUUGCCACCAAGUACUAAGUCAUGUUUUGCAGAGGGGUCAAAUACUUAUUUCCCUCAUUAAAAUGCAAAUCAAUUUAUAACAUUUUUGACAUGCGUUUUUCUGGAUUUUUUGUUGUUGUUAUUCUGUCUCUCAAUGUUCAAAUAAACCUACCAUUAAAAUUAUAGACUGAUCAUUUCUUUGUCAGUGGGCAAACGUAGAAAAUCAGCAGGGGAUCAAAUACUUUUUUCCCUCUGUAUGCACACUCGAUCCAGAAUGGGAAAAAUAUCCUUUCUAUUUCAUUCAACUAAGUUCAAUUAUAGUAUUCUUACUAUAAAAUCAUAUAAAAUAAUGGCACAGGACUUAUAAGCAUAUGUUGUCUGCUAAAUGAACAAGCCUAUGGCAUGGCGCAUAGCCAGAUGACAUACAGUAGGCCAACUCAUAUUCUGUUCUUUUGAAAUACCUAUUCUUCAUAUCAUAAUGCGUGGAGGCCUGGAGAUGCUAAAUGUUUGUUAAUUAAUCGUCAAUUACUGUGAGACCCGCAGUCUUUUGCAUGACAAUAACCAGCUGACAAAAGUUAAUGACAGCCACAGCCCCAAGUCAGACACAGACAGGUUGGAGAAACUAGUCAAAGCAAAUAGCAAAUGUUAUCCUGGUAUAUCUAGCGUAGGAGCUGACAGUAUACAGUGAGGGAAAAAAGUAUUUGAUCCCCUGCUGAUUUUGUACAUUUGCCCACUGACAAAGAAAUGAUCAGUCUAUAAUUUUAAUGGUAGGUUUAUUUGAACAGUGAGAGACAGAAUAACAACAAAAUAAUCCAGAAAAACGCAUGUCAAAAAUGUUAGAAAUUGAUUUGCAUUUGAAUGAGGGAAAUAAGUAUUUGACCCCCUCUCAAUCAGAAAGAUUUGUGGCUCCCAGGUUUCUUUUAUACAGGUAACGAGCUGAGAUUAGGAGCACACUCUUAAAGGGAGUGCUCCUAAUCUCAGUUUGUUACCUGUAUAAAAGACACCUGUCCACAGAAGCAAUCAAUCAAUCAGAUUCCAAACUCUCCACCAUGGCCAAAACCAAACAGCUCUCCAAGGAUGUCAGGGACAAGAUUGUAGACCUACACAAGGUUGGAAUGGGCUACAAGACCAUCGCCAAGCAGCUUGGUGAGAAGGUGACAACAGUUGGUGCGAUUAUUCGCAAAUGGAAGAAACAAAAGAACUGUCAAUCUCCCUCGGCCUGGGGCUCCAUGCAAGAUCUCACCUCGUGGAGUUGCAGUGAUCAUGAGAACGGUGAGGAAUCAGCCCAGAACUACACGGGAGGAUCUUGUCAAUGAUCUCAAGGCAGCUGGGACCAUAGUCACCAAGAAAACAAUUGGUAACACACUACGCCGUGAAGGACUGAAAUCCUGCAGCGCCCGCAAGGUCCCCCUGCUCAAGAAAGCACAUAUACAGGCCCGUCUGAAGUUUGCCAAUGAACAUCUGAAUGAUUCAGAGGAGAACUGGGUGAAAGUGUUGUUGUCAGAUGAGACCAAAAUGGAGCUCUUUGGCAUCAACUCAACUCGCCGUGUUUGGAGGAGGAGGAAUGCUGCCUAUGACCCCAAGAACACCAUCCCCACCGUCAAACAUGGAGGUGGAAACAUUAUGCUUUGGGGGUGUUUUUCUGCUAAGGGGACAGGACAACUUCACCGCAUCAAAGGGACGAUGGACGGGGCCAUGUACCGUCAAAUCUUGGGUGAGAACCUCCUUCCCUCAGCCAGGGCAUUGAAAAUGGGUCGUGGAUGGGUAUUCCAGCAUGACAAUGACCCAAAACACACGGCCAAGGCAACAAAGGAGUGGCUCAAGAAGAAGCACAUUAAGGUCCUGGAGUGGCCUAGCCAGUCUCCAGACCUUAAUCCCAUAGAAAUUCUGUGGAGGGAGCUGAAGGUUCGAGUUUCCAAACGUCAGCCUCGAAACAUUAAUGACUUGGAGAAGAUCUACAAAGAGGAGUGGGACAAAAUCCCUCCUGAGAUGUGUGCAAACCUGGUGGCCAACUACAAGAAACGUCUGACCUCUGUGAUUGCCAACAAGGGUUUUGCCACCAAGUACUAAGUCAUGUUUUGCAGAGGGGUCAAAUACUUAUUUUCCUCAUUAAAAUGCUAAUCAAUUUAUAACAUUUUUGACAUGCGUUUUUCUGGAUUUUUGUUGUUGUUAUUCUGUCUCUCACUGUUCAAAUAAACCUACCAUUAAAAUUAUAGACUGAUCAUGUCUUUGUCAGUGGGCCAACGUACAAAAUCAGCAGGGGAUCAAAUACUUUUUUCCCUCACUGUAUCAAAUGAGCAUAGUAUCAAUGUAGUACUUUAAUCAAAUGGUUUUAACUCAGAGUUGAUUUUGUCCUCCAUGCUGUGUAUAUCUGUAAUAUGUAAUCAUGUUUUGUUUUUCUCCUUUUCUCCAGGACAAACCUCCCCCCUACUCUCCUACUGAGGACAAGAAGACCCAGUAG